AUGUGCCCGUGCCCCCUGCACCGCGGCCGCGGCCCGCCGGCGGUGUGCGCCUGCAGCGCGGGCCGCCUGGGUCUGCGCUCGUCCGCCGCGCAGCUCACGGCCGCCCGGCUCAAGGCGCUCGGCGACGAGCUGCACCAGCGCACCAUGUGGCGGCGCCGCGCGCGGAGCCGGAGGGCGCCGGCGCCCAGCGCGCUCCCCACCUACUGGCCCUGGCUGUGCGCGGCCGCGCAGGUGGCGGCGCUGGCGGCCUGGCUGCUCGGCAGGCGGAACUUGUAGGAACGCGGGGCUUCUUGGUGGGGCCGAAGCCGAGACCCAGCCGGAGCGAGCAACAGGUUGGUGAAAACCCUGUGUCCUUGGAGAAAGCCGGUUCCCAUUUUCCUGAGGGGGGAGCCCAGAGCUUGAAAGGCCGCAGUCGGCACUUCGAGAAGGAAGUGGAGAAUAAAGACGGCGCCUGGGGCAAUAGUAGCAACGCGGAAUGGGACUGGGGAAGCCCUCUUUGAUAUCCAGCUGCAGAAACAGACACCCCAACGCUAUUUACAUACAGCUCUAUAUAUAUAGAAAAAGAAAAUAUGAAUAUUACUCUUCAGUGCAUGCCUUGUCGAGGACGUGGUCCCCUCCCUUUUCUGCACCUUCCGAUGUGAACUUUGAUGCUCUUUCAUGUCUGGGGCACUGGAAGAGAGAUGCUUACUGUGUACCUAGAAAUUUUGCAAAGACCGGUGGGAAUUAGCCUCAGAGGCGACCAACUGCCUGGGAAGGGAUGCCGGUGGAGGAGGAGGUGAAAGUGCAAAAAGCAAAAUAGAAAAAAAAAGUGAGGACUCAGGGCCAAUUUUGUAGGGGCAAUCUGGGAUACCUCCAUUUCUAAGUCUUGACAAGUCCUAGCCUCUCUCUCUCUGCCUACCUAGAUAGAUGGCUAGUCCCACUGUCAUCAAGACAAAUGGCAUUUUUUUUCCCCCCUACCAAUCUGGUGUCUCUGGUGCUUCGCUUAAAUUUUGCUGGUGCUUAAGUGUGUUCUUGCUGGUGCUGUCAUGGUAUGCUGUUGCCAGACCUGCAAGGCCAGGGGACGAGAGAGGUUUCUAUUUUGCUGUUUCAGAUUCUUAUUUUAAAGGAAUCAGUCACAAAAGUGCCACUUGAGAGUCUUUUCUCUUUCUCUACACGGGGAUGAAUAUACAGAGGUGUUUUGGAGCAAACCUUGGGCUUUGGGAGGGAGGAAGGGGGGGUGAUGGCACUGAGUGGCUUGCUGGUUAUGGGGUGGAAAACUGACCUCACGUGUGACUUGUUUGCUGCCUCCUCCGCCCGCAAGUACCCUUCGAGUUCAGACCACAGCCUCCCUGACUCCCCAAGGGCAUUUCAGGGCUUAGGUUUUAUGGAUUGAAGAGCCAAGAAAUGGCUACCUUCUGGUCAAGGGUGAUUUAUAAGCCAGGGACGUUGGGGGAGGGAGAGGGUCAUUUCAAUGAAAUGCACCAGCAUCUCACUUUCUGAGGGUCUGAUUUCCACCCCCCCCCAGGAUAAGCUACUAUUUUCAGAAGUUUCUAGAAGGGCUAAAAAAAGAUGUGUGCUGGACUGAGACUUGGCUGCAAAGACUCUUCAGGGAGUGAUGAUUAUUUUUUGCUUUCAUUAAAAAAAAUAUCCAACAACAGGUAUUAUUCCUCUGUGCAGGGCUCACACUGCCGUUUUCAAAGCUGAGAUGUUGAGGCACGAGGCUGCAGGUUCAGACAGUCAUUCUACAAGGCUGGAUUUGCAGGUCACCACGCGGUACCUGUGGAGAGGGGGUCUGCUGGGCUGGUUUGCAGACAGUCUUCCAGUUCUAAGAAACCAGCAGAGGGACCAGCUGUUUUCAGGUUGACAUGGCUCUGAAAAGGCAAUUCUUUCCCAUGGGCGUUGCUGAAAAUUACCAGGUCCUUUAGAAUGCAGGAGCUUUCAGGGCUGCUGCAA